GCACCCCUAAAGCUGCAGGCUUGUUGCUGCAGGGGUGAAAUUGCUUUCAGAUGACUGUUUCUCGUCGCUUCUUGCAGCUAUAGCUGAUUCUGGCCGCUUAGCAUCAUCCCAUUGGCAGCGUACAUUGCCAGCCUUUUCACAUGAUCAAAUGUCUCAUAUUCCCCUGACUGCGCCGAGUCACACCUGCGAAUGAUACCAUGUGACGCUUUCUUGCCAACAUGGCCAGCUGCGGCUGCUCGAUAAUAUUGAGCCAUUUUUGACCAACAAGUCCCAGUAGACUACUGCUAUUCGAAAUAUGGCAGCAUUUCUACUGACUCCCGAUACGUUUGUGCCGAGACGCGUGGUUGUAUCGCAUGGAGAGGGUUGCUCCACGGGCAGUCCCCCUGAAUGAAGUAGAUUUAUAAAUUGCCCACUCCACCUGUGCUGAGCUUCUCAAUAACAAUCAUCCAAUGCACAAUCCUCAGCUUCUGCUUGCCGUUCUCAGCACCGUUAUGAUUGAACUGCAGGCCACUACCACUACCACGACGCCGCCGGGCUCGAGCUAUACAAUCAGUCCCACAGACGUGCCAAGCAUCGUUGUGCCCGAUUGUAUCUGGAGGUCAGAUCCAGCUGAUACUAGUGCCAACCCACCGUAUUUCAACGAGGUAUUCACCUAUUUUCGAAUCAAGCAGCCCACCAAGCAAUUCCCUGAUAUAGUGGCUGAACUGGAAAGCCCGCACCUCAUCACGGUCCGACGGAACGACCCCAAUGUGGCUCGUGAGGUCAAAACAAUCACAGACCUGACGUACGUCUUCGGUCCUUCGAACUUACACCUGCCUCAAACAGGUCCGAAUAAUACGCUCUAUGGUAUUGAUCUUUGCCAGGCAAUUAAGGUCAAAAACAGUCAGGUCCUUGAGUUCAGUUGGGGUCUUCAGUGUCUCGACGGCCUUGCAUGGGUUUGGCGCUUCCAUACAAGCCAUAAGCAAGGUUCCACUUGGCUGACUGGUGAGAAACUGAUGAUAGAGGAUGUGAUACUCUCCAUCUUCACACUCGCUGCAGCGAAACUCUCAUGCUGCUCAAUUCCACAUAGCUAUGGUCAUCCUGCCAGCCGAAUGACUUUGCCUUCUGACGACUUGCACAGCCACUUGCACUCCAAACUGUACAUCUACUUUUGCUUUGCAACCGUGCGCUUGCAAAAAUGCCGAAAUUGACCAAAUCUUCAGGGGUAUACUAGACUGACUCGACAGCGUCUUGACGUUGUCGGCUUAGUAAUUGUAAGUCACCACAGCCAAACAGGCCUCUUGCACUAUAAGUCCAUCUCCUACCUCGUAGGAUGUAAGCGAUCAAAUGUUAGCCAGCUGAACAACGUUGCUUCAUAGCAGCAUGGUCUGCUGUCAACUGCUGACUCGCUGAUUGCAAGAUGCCCUCGACUAUCACUCGGUCAAGUUGAUCUGCGAUG